AUCUUCAUUUUUCUCUUCCUAUAAAAGUUAGAGGCUGAUGUUUCCCUUGCCUCCACACUUCAGAGAAAUGUUAUUUGACAACGCUUGUACUGGCAAUAGCCGGGUCAGCCCUGCUACUGCUGUCGUACUUGGGAAAAUUCGAUGGGGGCUGAUGCUAAUCUUGUCUGUUUUUAUCUAUGGCUCCCAUGCUCCACUCUUGACUCUUAGUAAAGAAAAUGGCCAGAUCCCAUUCAGUGCCUCCUCUGUGGUGGUUUUGAUUGAGUUAACCAAGCUGAUGCUCUCGCUAGUCUUCCUGAUGAUCUCCGGCUGCGGACAACAAAAACUAUCUGUGUCAUGGCAUCAUGCUGCUCCCUUUGCUCUUUCCGCAUUGCUGUAUGCAGCCAACAACAACUUAGUAGUUCAUUUGCAGCUGUUCAUGGAUCCUAGUACCUUCCAAGUGCUCAGCAACUUGAAAAUUGGAAGCACCGCCCUCCUAUUCAGCAUGUUCUUACACCAAAGACUGACUGCCCGCAAGUGGCUAGCUCUUUUCUUGUUGAUUGCUGCUGGAGCCUUUUAUACAUAUGGAGGCCUGCAGGACCCACAGCACAUGCCUGCUUCUGGCAUGCAGCUGCACAUCACCCCCAUUGGCUUAGUGCUGAUCUUUCUAUAUUGUCUGAUCUCUGGCCUUUCAGCAGUCUACACUGAAGUUGUCCUGAAGACCCAGGAUCUGCCUCUUAACCUCCAAAAUGCAUUUCUCUACUUUUUUGGUGUUUUGCUGAACAUAAUCAUCCAUCUGUCAAGCAGCUCAGGGGCUGGGUUCCUGGAGGGUUUCUCAUUUUGGGUUCUGUUAAUUAUUGUGAGUCAAGCCUUGAAUGGUUUGAUAAUGUCUGUCGUCAUGAAGCACAGUAGUAACAUCACUAGACUCUUUGUGAUCUCCUCCUCUAUUAUGGUUAAUGCUUUGCUCUCUGUCUUCCUAUUUGGUCUUCAUCUAACCACAUUUUUUUUCCUUUCUGUUUUGCUGAUUAGCUUUGCUGUUUACUUUUAUUAUGGAAUCAAAUAGCUUCUUUGCCUCUGUGUAUCUUUAAAGAAGUUAUUUAUAUGGAAAGAAUUUGCUGCCUAUAUAUUUUACCUUGAAAAGAGUAUAAUAGACUGCACAAGUACUUUACACCUCCUUUGUGAAUGGCUUAAUAGCUAUUGUUUCAUACUUCUCCCUGAGCUCA